AUGAUAUCUGCGCAUUCGUCGUCUCGGAUAGCUUACGACUACGAUAUCAAUGAAUUGAGAGACGGUCUUAGAGACAUGAAUUUAAGUUUACAUCAAAUGAAUAAAAUGUGGGACUACGUUCGUGAACUUUGGAAUAGACAGCAAGGCAAACAGAUGCCUCAACUCAUCUACAAAUUACCAUUCCGCCUACGAUGUCAAGUAAUGGAAGCAGUAUACGGCUCACAUAUAAGAGAGUCCGUGAUAUUCAGUAAGACCGAUGAUGAUUUCAGGAGAAUGUUGGCCAUGUGGAUGAGACACUGUGUAUUCUUUCCUGGCAAUUACAUCGUACAGUGUGGUGACUCAGACCAAUGCAUUUAUUUCAUACAUAGAGGACAAGUCGAAGUGCUAACAGUACACCCGAACUUGACGGAAUCGAUAUACGAUGUUUUAGAACCGGAGGACAGUUUUGGUAUCGCUCAGGGGCUGUUUGUUGGCGUGGCUCACCAUUUUUCAUUCCGGGCAAGAACUGUUGUCGACAUUGUAUAUUUAAAGCUGGACCAGUGGAAAUAUUUGCUGGACUAUUAUCCAAAGUCCGCGAAAAUCGUACGACGAAAAGUUGAAAAUGUAUAUUUAGCUAUAUAA